AAUCGGAUCGCGACUACACUUACGAUGAAUUGUUGGAAAUUGUGUUCAAUAUAAUCAAAGAGAAGAAUCCGGAAAUAGACGCCGGCGUUAAGAAGAAGUUUGUUAUGAGACCGCCGCAGGUCUUGCGUGUGGGCACUAAGAAGUCGUCGUUCGCCAACUUCUUGGAGAUCUGCCGCUCCCUUCAUCGUCAGCCUAAACACAUGCAGGCCUUCCUUUUGACAGAGUUGGGCACAAGUGGUUCCGUCGACGCCGCCAAUCAACUCAUAAUUAAGGGACGUUUCCAACAAAAGCAAAUCGAAAGCGUUCUCCGGAGAUAUAUUAAGGAAUACGUCGCGUGUCAGACGUGCCGAUCGCCGGACACAAUCCUGCAGAAGGAGACGCGUCUGUUUUUCCUUCAGUGCGAAACGUGUGGUUCUCGGCGUUCAGUCACUAAU